AGGCGAAGAGAAGAAGCUGUUGAGUUACGAGCAAUAUUAGCUACGCAGUUUGAACGAAGAGCACAAGCUACAGAUUCAUCUCAUCCGGAUAGUGGUCAGUGGUCAUCUGCUCACAGUGAGGAUAGUUUUUGGAAUGAUUUAGACGAAGAAUUAAGUCUUGAAAGACAAUGUCGACAACUUAAAUCACACGUGCAGGCGUUAUCGAGGACUGUCGUAGAAAGAAAUAUCGAAAUUGAACGAUUAGAAAAUCGCUUGAAUAUACUUUCAUCUUCCCAGGUAAUUUGCUCAUCUCGUAGUACUGAAAUAUUUUCAAAAGAUAGUAUGAUUCAGAAAAGUGUUUAUUUUGAUGUGAUCUUAUUUGCGCAGAAAAAAGAUCAUUCAGACUAUCUCAUAAAAUGA